AUGGCAGCCUAUCUGAAUGGCGGGGUGGUUGCCAUGUUGAUGACUUCCGUGUCUGACAGUCUGAGUGGUCUGAAGCAUGGAGCGAUUGCUGUCGGAUAUUCCAGGAUAAUUGACUGGAGGCUGUGGGUUGCCUGGCUCUUUGCCGCAGCAUCGAAGGAUUUCGCAUUCUUGUAG